CUCAGCGCAUAGUUACACUUCGAUGCGAGGACUCGAGUCUGUCUCCGACUUUCGCUCAUUUUCCAAUCCGAGAAAUGAUCGUGUACGCACCCAUGGACAAUGCAACUCAAUUGCUGUACGAGUACCGAGCACGCGGAGGCACAGCCAUCCACUACACCGCAGCGAUGAAGAACUACUACGCUGGAUCGGGAGACUCUGGCGAUCACCGGAGCGUCGCGCUGUUCAUUCUCGAUACGGUGAAGUUAAGGAGUAAGGACUGGUUGCAAAAUGAGCAUGUCGAUAAGUAGUUGUGUAUCAUACUACCUAAAUCCACGACGUGCUGAAAUCCACGAGGUACUUUUUACGGAGCAAAGUCAUAGAGAUCGAUGUGUGUGCGAUAUUAUCGAUUGUAUUUUUGGGAACCUCUACUUCUAACAAUCAUGGACACAAGCCGGAGUGCAAAAGGCAACGAGGGCCACAUUGAGCGGAUCUACAUGAGUGAGCCUGCACCACCAUCGGGUACUGACGUGGUGCAUUUGGCGGUGAAAGGCAGCAAUUCCUCGUGGUUUGGGAGCCUCACUCGCUCGGAUCAUUUGUUAGGCGGCAAGUUAGAUCCAGAUCUGGUUGACGGUCAUGUACAUAUUGCUGAGGACGUCGAAGGAGACUACGGAGUACACGACUGCGGAACGGGCGGACCUAGUAGUGCAGCGGCAAC